AUGACUUUUCCAUCAGAGAACUAUACCCAACUUAAUCAUGGACUGUUGACAUUCAGGAAUGUGGCCAUAGAAUUCUCUCUGGAGGAGUGGGAAUGCCUGGACCCUGCUCAGCAGAAUUUGUAUAGGGAAGUGAUGUUAGAGAACUACACAAAUCUGGUCUCCCUAGCUCUUGCUGUCUCUAAACCAGACCUGAUCACCUGUCUGGAGCAAGAAAAUGAACCUUGGAAGGCGAAGAAAUACAUUACAGUAGCCAAAUACCCAGGUAGGUGGGAGUGA